AUGAUAGAAUUAGGAUCCUCACAACUAAAGCAGCAAGGAACGAAAGUAACGUCACAACAAAAGCAGCAGGGAACGAAAGGAACAACUCAGUCAAACAACCGUCCUACCGGUGCAAACAGGCCAACUGUUCAGCCAAACAACCGCACUACAGGUGCAAACAGACCAACUGGUGCAAGCAGGCCGUCUGUUCAGUCAAACAACCGCCCUACUGGUGCAAACAGACCCACUGGUGCAAGCAGACCGACUGUUCAACCUAACAACGGCCCUACUGGUGCAAAUAGGCCAACUGGUGCCAGUCGGCCGUCUGUGCAACCUAACAACCGUCCAACUGGUGUAAACAGACCGACAGUUCAACCAAACAACCGCACUACCGGUGUAAACAGACCGUCUGUGCAACCUAACAACCGCCCUACUGGUGCAAAUAGGCCCACUGGUGCCAGUCGGCCGUCUGUGCAACCUAACAACCGUCCAACUGGUGUAAACACAUCAUCAGUUCAACCAAACAACGGCACCAACGGUGUAAACAGACCGACUGUUCAACCAAACAACCGUCCAACUGGUGCUAACAGGCCGACUGUUCCGACAAACAACCGUACUACCUCUGGAAACAGGCCUUCUGUAUCACGUCCUGCAACUCGUCCUCCAGUGCAACCAAGUGUAGGCUCAGUCGUGUCUUACAGCUGUCCAAAGGAAUGUAGCUACUGCCAAUCCUUCGUAAAGUCGUCUACCUGUAUGGCAUAUGAUCAGUAUGGACAAAUAAAGCAGAGGUUUUUGUCAUCCCUUCCACGGAACCUUGUUGAGGCUUAUAAUGAAACAUCAGAUAUGAAAACUUUUAUUGUGAAUGCAAAGAUGGCGUCCUGUGAAGGCUUAACGUCCUACAUGACAAUAUGGGCAAAGCUGUCACCAAGGACUAAACAGAAGAUAAAGGAGUUCCUCAACGACACCACUUCUGUCACAGCACGCGACAUGGCCACAUUCCCAAAGGAAAUAUACGCCUCGUUACAGUCCAACCUGGAGAAAGUAGUAUUCAGCACCAUGAACCAGGCACAGAAAGAACUGGUCUGUGACAAGCUGAAGUCUGUUGACUGUCUGGUUCGCGCGGCAAUCCUCAGGAACCUCGACUGUUCAACUAUAUUGCUGCAGGGUGGAGGCCAGGGUCUAUCUAAGACAGACCUAUUAGCACUUGUUGAUCUUACCAACUUCACAAACUGGGACGACGCCGAGUGGAACAAAACUCUAUCGUACUUCGCUGAACUUUUGACAUAUACACAUUUUGAGAGCGUACCCAUCGAUGUUCUUAUCGACAACAUGAAGACUUUGAUGCCUUUUUGUGGAAAGCUGUCGGUAAAAGUAGUGCAAACUAUUGCCAAACGGACACAGGACAAAUUGGUGGCGAUGAAAUCACAGGCGACCAUUCCUGCCAACAUUAAAUCUGAUUGGAUGGACCUUUUAAGUAAAUGCGGUGCAAGUCCGAACUUUUUUGACGGUGUAUUGGACGUUCAGGAGGCAAUGUCAUCAGUGGACAUGAGUAAGACUGACCCUAAGGAUGCAAUGAAAUACAUGGAGAAGAACAGCAAGUCUCUAGAUGUAACUGUCAUGGACAAAGACCAAAUUGUUAACUUUAUCAAGGUUCUUGCGUUUAAUAAAACCCGAAUGAUGGAGUUAAAUGCGACAGCGUUAGAACUGGCUGCAUGUGACAUAUGUAAAAAAGCAUCAGAUCUAGGAAAAGCAGACUUGAGAAUGAUCACCGAGGUUAUACAACGUAAGCUGCCAACAUUCACCGACCCAACAACCUUUGACGCCAGCAAACUGGAAUGUAUCGGUUGCAUGCUGCCUUUCUUUCCUAAAGCAGCAUUUGACCAGGUGCCACCUGCAGCUAUGCAAGGAGCUCUUACUUCGGGAGACAUCAAAAACAUGACUUUGAAAUCUAGGUCAAAGGGAGACUUCAGCAGCGAUGACCUUGAGAAGAUGGGUUCAUCGGUGUUAGCAUUGAAAGCUACAGAGGUGAUUAAUGUACCAGAUGCCUCAUUUACCGACAGUGUGGUAGCCUCUCUGGACACUGCUCUCAAGAGUGGAGAAAUGCAAAUAUCUAAAGCCGUCAAAGCAAAGUUCAUCCAAAAGAUGAAGAGUGGUGCUGGUCUUGGAAAAGUUUUGGAAACUUCUCUCGCCAAGGAGAUUCCCAUAUCAGACCUAGAGGAGGCCUCUGUAUCGGAUUUUGACGACCUGGUCGGAGAAACCAAUGAAAGUUCCAUUGAAUGUAACACAAAGCAGGCAAGGUUUCUGAUGAAGAAAGUGAAGACUGUUGUCGGAGAUGUAACUUCAACCAACACCAACUUUACCCUGAUGAGGAUUAGCAAAGAAUACGUUUCAGUUGAAGUAUUGUUAUUGACUUCAACUAAAUCAGGAUCACGUAAUAUUGUUUUAGAAUGA